CUCGGCAGCAGCCUGCAUUUUUAGUCUCCGUUAGUACAGUGACACUCCACACAUCCCGCUGUCAGUCCCCUACUAGCACGCAAAUCCGCUUCCCCGAUACUCACCAUGGCUGCUACAACCAAUCGUUAUGCGUGUUAUUGCGAUAAAGGGGUGGCGGACAAAAGCAGUCCCGAGGUCUGCUCCAUAGACGUACACAAGCGGCGCCCUGCCGUACCCUGGCAAGUCUCGUUCGGCUUCAGCGCACCACGGUCCCCAAACGGGAGCGGCUGGAUUCUAGCUCCACCUCCCCAUCUAUCAGAUGCAAGUUUGAACAUGCGGGUAGUUAGCAACAGUCCCCAUAAAGUGGACGGCCUGCAUGGUAGGUCAAGACCUUCCAAGGUUGUCACUUACAUUACCUUGUUCGUUACCCCUCCCACUUAUAUUCUUCUUUUCUUUUCAUGAAUCACAUUGCAUGCACAUAGCAAGGUGACACGAUGGCAUUGAUGGGGUUACUUGCGAAGGCAAUCGGCCUUGGAGCAAUACUUCUCAUUACUCGAUAUGUUCUGGCUUAUCUACAGUCACCACUCAAGACUAUACCUGGUCCCUUCUUAGCCAAAUUCUCCGAUAUCUGGCGUUUCCUGAAUCACUAUGGACAAACUCACAUCGAGACACAGAGGCGACUCCACGAACAACAUGGCGACAUCGUUCGUCUUGGUCCCAACACCGUUAGUGUUGCUGAUGCUAGUCUGAUCAAGACCAUUUACAACACCCGUGGAACGUACUUGAAGAGCGAUUACUACACCAUUAACGAUGCCCUUCAAGACGGUCACAUCAUCCAGAACAUCUUCAGCACACGCAGCAACGAGUUCCAUUCCAAAGGUGUCAAGCCUGUUCAAAAGUUGUACAGUCUUCAAAAUGCUCUUCAAAUCGAAAGCAUUAUGGACGACGAUCUGCGUACACUAUGCACUCAACUUGACGCUCGCUUCGUGGAAGGUGCUAACAAGGACAAGACAUGCGAUAUCGCUGACUGGAUCUCAUUCUUUGCUUGGGAUUUUCUGGGCGAUAUGACUUGGAGCAAGCGCAUUGGCUUCAUGGAACAGGGUACGGAUGUUGGCGAUAUGCUUGGGACCGCUGAACGUGUGAUGCGCUACUUCUCAGUAGUUGGUCAAAUUCCCUCUCUCGACAAAUGGCUUGGAAAGAACCCCAGUUGGCCACGCUCGCUAUACAAGUUCGAUGACUUCUCUGUCGCUGCCGGUUUCUCCGUGGAGCGCUUUAUGGAACGCAUGCAGAAACCUGAACUUGGCGAUGGGAAGAAAGACUUCCUCAAUGGCUUUCUCGAGGCAAAAAAGGAGUUUCCAGAACUUGUUACUGAUAAUGAGGUCAUCGGAUAUAUGAUCAUCAACAUUCUCGGUGGUGCCGACACCCUCGCCAUUGUGAUAAAGGCUAUUUUCUACCACAUCCUCAAGUCACCAGCCUCGAAAGCGCGCCUCGUCGAGGAACUCGUUGCUGCAAAUCUCUCGUACCCCGCACCUUAUACCACAAUCGAGCACCUACCUUACCUCGAUGCAUGCAUCAAAGAGGGCCUCCGUAUGCAUCCCGUUGUUGGCCAUAUUCUCGAGCGCGUGGUACCUGCAACUGGUCUCGCGUUACCUAAUGGAGAGACAUUACCGCCUGGAACAAUUGUCGGUGUGAAUCCAUGGGUCGUUCAUUACAAGGAGAGCAUCUUCGGCGCAAAAACCCAUGAAUUCCGGCCGGAGCGCUGGCUGCAAGGCGAACAAGAAGAGAUUGGCGCUUACGAGGCCAGGAUCAAGAAGAUGAAAGAUGCGGACUUGUCAUUCGGAGGCGGAAAUAGGAUAUGUAUUGGCAGGCCAUUAGCUCUGGUUGAAGUGUACAAAGUAGUUGCGACGGUGUUCGGUAGAUAUAAGAUUGAGCUUGAAGACCCGAGCAAAGAAUGGGAUCUUCACAAACAAUGGUUUGUAUGGCCGCAUGAUAUCAAGGUCAAACUCAACCCACUUGAGAGCAUCAGCGCACCCUGAUUGUCUCUAGACGGCUAUCUUACAUGGAAUGUAACAGGUACGGAAGGUUGGUGGUGAUCUGUAGUUUGAGCUUCCUAUAUAU